AAACAAGACAGCAGCAGCAGCAGCAGCAGCAGCAGGAGGAUAGAAGGAAUAAUUAGGAUACGAGAUAACAGUUGCUCUGUUUCGCUCGCUACAUUUAUCCUCCAUGGAGUGAAGCUCUGGCAGGUGUGUGGGUGGUAAUGCACUGGGCUGUGGAACACACGGCCACAGCCACACAGGUGAACUUGUCGGACAUGAAAAGGUUUUGGCUGGAUGAGUUGUGGUGCUGGACGAGAACUACCAAUAUGACAAGUACGAAAAUGUCGGGGAUUAGAUUGGCCUUUUUUGCCAUCUUUUUUCUGAUUCAGCUUGUGCCUUCAUCAUAUGCUGUGGGACAAAAAUGUUCCCUUAAUGUUUUGCGGGCAUGUAACAUUAAUGAGACGUGUGUUCAAGUACACGAAAAUACUGGUGUCUGUAAAUGUCUGCCUCCAUUCAUAAUGAAUAAUGAAACUCGCAAAUGUGAAGAGGAAAAUGCUCCAUCAGAGCCAUCAAGCAGCCAUUUGGGUCUAGGUUUGGGUUUAGGCCUUACGUUCUUCCUACUCCUCGUGGUGGUAGCCUUAGCCUUGCUACAUCGCAAGUUUGGUUUAUUUUCUGGCAUGUGUGAAAAUCUUCCAUCACUGCACGUCUUUGGCAGGAGAGGUCAAGACAUCAGAAUGGUAGAUAAUGAGGAAGAUGAUGAUGUCACCCCUAUUGUAUGAGUUCUUUUAUUGGUAUUUGAAGUCGUAACAUCUUUUCAUUAGUUUGUGUGAUGUAAUUGUCCAAGAGUUUGGCCCCUGAAAUGCAAAUAUUAUGUUCAGAAUGAAACAGAAUGUUUUGAGUGGAGUAGUUGAUCAGGUGUUCUACUUGCUGACAAAUAAUGAAAAAGGGUUGUGUUAUUCAGAUAUACAGGUCGGCCAUCACUAAUCCAGUUCCAUCAGUAAUAUGGUGCUAAUUUCGGCUAGCAUAAUUUCAAAUUUCAUCAUACUGACUCAAAUCAUUAUACUGACUCAAAUUUCGUCAUUAUACUGACUCAGAAAUUGUGCAGAUGGUUGUAAAUCCACAGCAGCAAGCCAGUGGACGAGAAAGCAGUGAUGAAAAUGAGUAAGAUGUAGCAGAAAGAGUUUCUAUUGAUAGGUUAAUUAAGUGUAUUCUAACCUAACCACUCUCUAAUCCAGCAAACUCACUAAUCCAGCACACUACAGUUCCCAGUUAUGCUGAAUUAAUGAUGGCCAACCUGUGUAGGUUUUAAUACAGACUCACUGUACUUAGUGAUAUACAUAACAAGUACUCUGGCAUUUUUAAUAACUUUGUAAGAUGUCUUGUAAAAGUUUAUUUCAUGUGGUCUUCAUGAAGGAUGAUUAUGAACUUCAAAUAUUUUAUGGUUGUGUCAGUUUUAAAGACAGGAUUGUUGUUUUAUUAAAAAUUUUGUACAUCUCUCUAAUUCCACAUGAAUUUAGAUCUUGUUAUGGUCUCCAUUUACAAAUCUCAAAAUAAAGAACAAAACUGUAUUUUUAUGAUAUUUAAAGAUCAAAUAAUACUGAUGGGAUUUUGUAACUAAUGUUGCAUUUGGAAAAAGUCUGCUUUUUUUGUGCAGUAUAGAUGUAACAAAUGUCUUAGCUCAUGUAAAUUUCAUUGUCAGUAAGGAAUCUCUGUAUAAUGAAUUAGCUAUUGUUACCUGAUUUUAAUUGACUGUUCAUGAAUGCUGUAUUUGUAUUUAGCACAAUAGUAGAGGCAAUCUCCUUCUUGGAAACUGUGAUACUCUUUAAGAUAUAUUUUCAUAAUGUAAUGAUAUUCUUUCUCCUUCAUUUGUAGGUUUGCUUAAAAUAUUUACUGCCAUUGUUGUCAUGCCAGGACAUUUCUACAGCUAGAUAUGAUUUAUUUUCCCUUUCAUUACUUUAUAAAUAAGAAAUAGAAAACAUAUAGAAUGAUAAUUAUGAUUCAUUCCAUUCUUAUUAUUAAUCUUAUUAUAUAUAUAUAAUUAGAAAGAGUAUACUGUACUAUAUUUGGAUAUAAAUUGUUAAUGGGGCCAUAGGAAGGAUAUUGAAAAUGUGAUGAAAUUUAAAAUGGUAAAACUUAAUUCUAAUCAGUAAACUCCACAGAGCAUCAAAUUCUUAUCAGUAAACUCCACAGAGCAUCAGACCAUGUGACACAAACAGUGUGUUGUGCCCUUCAAUCUGUUUUGAAUUAUCAAUUACAUUGUUACAUCUGAAGUUUUUUUUAUCAGUUUACAUUCAUUAGCCACCAGUUUCUAACAUUGAUUAUCAACCACCUCAUAAAAUACAGUAUAGGACUGUAUAUUAAAUCAGUUAAUUCUGGCUGAAAGAAUCAUGCUGUGUGUCUCUCAGCUUCAGUCACUUUACAGAUUAUAGCACACCAGUUUUAUUUUUAUAUAAAAAAUUUGUUUCCCUUAAAGAUACUGAUGGUUGUUUAUCAUAGAGUUAUUAUACACUGCGUGUCACUAAGAUGUGAGCUAAAAGUUUUAAGGUAAUUAAUGUGGAUGCAUGCACAGAGCAGACAAGAUAAUCAUAUUCAAGAUUAUAAAAUAAUAUGAAAGAAUUAGCCCUAUCAACUGGCACAACAAAAAGCCAUGACUAUAAAUUAAAACAAAAAUGCUAAAGGGAAACUAGAAAGUUGAAUAAUGAAGUGGAAUAUUUUAUGUUAAGCUUUUUGUUUUUUUAUCAGUUUUCUUUUUCUAUCAUACAGCUGUAUGACCCACAUGGGUUUGGUACAUUUUUUGUAAAUAUAAUAAUUCUCUCUUACAAAUAGUAUAAUAUUAAGUCUCAUUUUGGGUCAUACAUGCUCUCUACCACCGAAUCUCUAGGAGUAACAAGUUUGGAUACAUGGUACUAGUUCAGAUCUUUGUCUUGGCAUAUGUACUCAGUGACAGAAUAUUCAGAAAAAUAAAUUGUAUUGAACCAAAUAUUGUGCUUGAACAUUAAGAAUUUCAUAAUUAAGUAGUUCCUGAUUUUUUUAAGUCCAAGGGUAAUGUUAAAUUAAAAGUAUUAAUAAUUUAGUGAGGAAAUGAUGGCUUCUUACUAAGUACAAAAAAAUUUGCAAGGAAAUACACUGUAUAAGCCUACAGUAGGCCAUUCAUUAUUUGCAUAACUAAUCUUUUGAUUCAUUCCAGUUGUAUUGCCACAGCACAUCUGUCUGUUGGCCCUUUGUCAUGUCUAAGUUGGUAAUGUUUAUAAGGUAAUAAGAUAUAUUUUUUAAAUAUUUUGAAUACUGGUAGUUGAUUCAUUAUUGUAUAUAAAUGAUGGUUCAUCCAUAGUGCAGAAUGUUAGAGGUUUAAGUUUUUGUUCAGAAUGGUCAUAUUGUAUAGGGAGUGAAUAAUGGUCUUGUAUACACACUUGUUCAACCCAGUCUCCCUAAUGAUUCAGAAGUUACAAUAAUUCAUCACAGAAAACAAUAUGGCAUUAUAAGCAAGCUGUUGUAGAGUUAGAAAAUAUUAAUGUGCUAUUUUAUCUAAUUUUAAUAUAGUAUCUAUAAUUGUUUAUAUGCCACUCUGUCUUUUGCAGUGUAGCUUUUAAAGCAGUAUGGCAUUUUUAUAUACAGUAUAUUAAAUUUAGGUUUUAUUGGUUGACUUUUUGCAGGCCAUAUUUAUUUUCAUCAGUGUAAGUGCUUAAUCCAUAGGGGGUUCAUAUAACACCUGGGAAUUGGGGUGACUAUCUGAUUCAGUAAAUCAGCUAGAAAUAAGUUUAUUUUUAGGCAAACCCAUUGAGGGGUCUACCUAAUUUUUUAGCCCACUUAUCUGAAAUCAAAAAGUUUUAAUGUAAAUUUCACUAAAAUGCUGUUUUGAUUUAUAUACAUAUUGUAGUUUUAAAAGUACUAGUAUAGUACUUUGUUUUUAAUUAUGUAAAUUCAUCUAUUGUCUACAUUUAUUUUUUCACUAGGUGAAGCUAUCACUGGCUAAUGGAUUUUAGUUGUUAAAAAUAAAAAAAAAAAAGCCUGUAACCAAAAUUUAGUAAGGCAUUUUUCCAAAC